CGCUUCUCAAGACCGCGACACCAAGCUUUUCAACCAGAAGCUUGCAUCAAAUACAUUCACUACCAUGUCCGAAGUAGCCCAGUCGGGCCCGGCCGAGCCCCAGGCCAGACAUGUUGUAUAUUGCGGUGUGUGCAGUUUACCGCCUGAGUACUGCGAGUUCGGCGGCAAGGCGAAAAAAUGCGAGGAGUGGUUGAAGAGUAACCAUCCUGAUCUGUAUGAGCAUCUAUACUCUGAAGAGGCUCUUAGCUCCAACCUAUCGACCCUGAAAGUCUCUGUCCAGGAACGGGCUGCGAAGGAUGCGGCGAAGAAGGAGGCCAAGGCUGCUCUGGCGGACGCGCGCGACGCGGAGCGCAAGGCGGCCUCCAAGGUCCAGAUCAAGCGCGUCGAGCGGAACAAGCGCAAACACGUCAGCGUUAUCACCGGGUUAGAGGUCUACGGUCUGGAGAACAAAAAGGUCGCCAAGGAGCUUGGGAAGAAAUUCGCUACCGGGUCUUCGGUUACGAAGUCGUCUGCUGGGACCGAGGAAAUUACGGUGCAGGGAGAUGUGAGCGAGGAUGUGAAGGAGUGGCUUCUGGAGGUUUACGGGAAGGAGAUCCCCGAGGCGAAUAUCGAACUCAUCGAGGAUAAGAAGAAGAAAAGCAGUGCGCCACAAUAGGCACUCGAUCGCUUGACGCUGGGUAUUAUGCUAUGACUAUU